UCUUGAUGUGGAUAUCAUCAUGUGAAUUGUUGAAAGUGGAUUUAUCAAACGCCCGGGGGGUUAGACUAAAAUUGUAUGAAAUUAUUUUGAAAACUUGUAGGACACUUACAGUUGAGUGAAAACAUUAAUGCUGCAAAAGAGAAUAUUACCUCAUAAUAUCUCAGAAAUAAAUAAAGUGUUAGUUUUCGGUUUCGCUGGGCCCCCUCCCUCCCACUUUCAGCACUUCUCCUUUCACCAGAGGCGCACUGCGCUUUUACGCACGACUCCAGUGACACUGGCAGAGAGCAGAGUGCCAUGAAGACCGUCACUGUGUGAACGUUUUGCUGCCACCGCUGCAAGAAGAUGAUCCUGCUGUCUGGUCUGUUGCUCAUUCUCUGGGGAGAACCGGGUCGGUGCCUGGAAGAGGGAGGAAGCUUUACAUUUCAUGGAGAUUUCCGCCACUUCGCCGUGGCCACCAACACGGUUUACAUCGCUACAGAUGAGAGGCUGUACCAGCUGAGCCGUGACCUGACUCUGAUCCAGAGUCUGACCCUGAGAGGAAUCUUGAAGGUGGGCCCUGAGCCCGGCGAUGAGCAGUUAUACCGGAUUUCUGAGACGGAUGAAUGGAACGCAACUUUCAGUGUCAAUGUGGUGUUGCCGUUCGUUAAGAAUAAAACUCUGAUCAGCUGCGGUGUGAUCAGGUGCGGCUACUGCGAGGUGCUGGACCUGCAAAACAUUUCCCACGUGUUGCAUAGCGAGGCCAUCCAGGUGGGACCCGCAGGGCGCAGCAAUGCGUCCGUUGGCUUCCUAGUGGACGUGGAGAAGACUCAGACCCAGCUCGAAACUUACAUUCUGACUGCCUUACAGCAACCCGACAAAACCACAGAGACCAGCUGCCUCUCUGGAUCAGCCGUUCUGAACCUUCAUAAUACGAAUAAAAACCAGAAUGGAGAUAUAUUUUCCCAUGGUGGCGAGACUUCUCAAGCUCAGAUCAAACGUGAAGGCGAGGUGGAGUUUGUUGAUGGAUUUCAGAUCAACUUAACCAUUUAUCUUUUCUCCAACGUGCCAUCAAAGGACAAAAGCAAAAGAGUCCGUCUUAUUUGGCUUGAGGGAAAAACAGGCAAAACCCAUACUUUUAAGUCGCUGCGGGGCGCGACUCUCAGUAUCUCUGAUGGUGGUAAAGGCAGCAGACUCGUGGCCUCCUCGGUGAUCCCGGGUGGGCCGCCGGUGCUCUGGAGCGGCGUGUUCAGUGUGGACGGAGGACAAACCGACACCGAGCUGGUAGUGUUUGACGUCAGCCCUGAUCUCACCGGAGCGGCCGAUGCGGAUCCAGACUUCUGCAUCACCUGUCCUGAGAAGUCAACAUCUACGCCAAAGACUCUGAAGCCAAAGGCGGUGCUCUUCAGACAGAACUACAUGACCUCUGUGCUGGCUGUGAGACAGAAGGCCUGGGUGGUUUUCUUCAUUGGGACAGGAGAUGGGCAGCUCAUUAAGCUCGCUGUGGACAAGAACUAUCACACCACCUGUCCCAGGGUGCUCUACAGGGCCAGUGACGACCGCCAAGUGUUCCCCAAAAUACUUCUGGAUCAAGUGGACCAUAAACAUGUCUAUGUGCCAUUUCAAAACCUGAUUAAACGUGUGCCUGUGUCAAAGUGCAGCACAUACACAAAUGUGCAGGACUGCUGGUCUGCACAGGAUCCAUACUGUGUCUGGUGUGGCUCUAAAAGAAGUUGCACAUUUGAAGAUGAGUGCCGAAAUUUAGACUGGUUGUCCAUUCCUGAUGACUCCCGUCAACGCAAAAUGGUUUCCUACAGCGUUGUAAAGGACAGCACUGGCCAGAUCACACUUAGCAUCCAGACACACCUGACUGUGAGCCAGAGCGCUCUGUCUAACUUCGCCUGUCAGUUCUCUGCAAGCUCCAGCCAGCUUUGUAGUGCAGCAAACAGUCCUCCACGGUUCCCACAAUGCACCUGCGUCCUUACAAAUAGCACACUUCCUGCUGAAGGCCUGCGUGUCACCGUUAAGAUUAGACUUGGGACGACACAAUUGUUGGAACGAUUUAAGAUAUCCAACUGCUCUGACAUCAGGGGACCAACGACUCCUGUCCUGUGUCGGCAGUGUAUCGAGGCUGGAUGUGGCUGGAGCACAAACGGCUGCUCCUGGGCAAAUCAAGGAGUGGUGGAUGAAAGUGUCUGCCGAAUGAUGGAGUCAGGGAUGAACUUUUCUAGACCGGAGAUCUCCUCCAUCACUCCCAGUGUCGUGUCAUUCUACGGCAGAAACCAUGCGCUGUUGUCCGGUCGUAACCUCGGUGGUGUGACCAGAGUGAGGAUCCAGGCAGACCUGGACUGCACGGCACGAGAAUCUCCUGUAUGGAACAACACUGGUGUAAAUCUGACGUUCCACAUUCCCAGUGCCGAAAAUAAAGGCGUGGUCAAAGUAUGUGUUCUCCUCUCAGAUGGAAGUUGCCACGGCAACACUACAAUCGCCUACCGUUCCGCACCUUCCUGCACAGCCAUUACACCCAGCAGCACCUGGGUCAGUGGGAAGAGGAAGAUCACACUCAUGGGAUUCCACAUGGAGUUUGUGGAAGGGGUCAUACACAGCCACGCCCCGCAGGAUGUCAGACUUCCCAGUAACAGCAGCUAUCAGAAUCUCAUCUAUGACACACCUGCAGCUGGAAAUACUCCAGGGAUUUUUACAAGCACUCUGUCUCUGAAAGUAGCCAAUGAAACUUUGGCCUGCUCCACAAACAUAACCUACUAUCCAGAUCCUGAGUUCAAUAGCUUCACAUCCACAAAGACACGGGACAGUGUCCUCAUCAACAUACAGAAAAAGGCAGACAAACUGGAGAUUACCACAACAGAGCUGUUAGUGUGGGGCGUUUGUGAAAAAAAACAAUACCCCUGCAUCAUUAAAACCAAACAAACCAGCAACGAGACUGACUUUUUCUGUGAAAUUCAAAGCGCACCCGACGCUACAUUUCAUCAGUUAAUGAUAAUGUAUGGAGACAAGACAAAAGAGCUGACAAAAGAAUCUUCUUUGUAUCUGUACCUUCUGAUGCUGCUUGCCAUUCUCCUGGUACCAUGCAUUAUUGUUGUGGUGGUAAUUGUCUAUCGGAGCAAACAGAAGAAGCUCGCUGCUAAAAUGAACAAGUUUAUGGAAGACCUGGAGCUCGACAUCAGGAAUGACAUUAGACAAGGUUUUGUGGAUAUGCAGACGGAGAAAGCUGACCUGAUGGAAAAUGUUGGAGCGAUUCCUUUCCUGGACUACAAGCACUUUGCCUCCAGAAUUUUCUUUCCUCAGAAUGAAUCUUUCAUGACAUUGUGUAUCAAAGACAUUGGUCAGGACGCAGUGAAGGUUCAGCUCGACGGGUGUUGCCAGAGCUUGUCCAGGCUGAUCCAGGACCAGCUGUUCCUCACAUCUAUGGUGCACGCUCUGGAGGAGCAGAAGAGCUUCAACAUCCAAGACAAGAGUACGUUGGCAUCAUUACUGACCGUAGCGCUCCACAACAACUUAUUGUACCUGACGGAGGUAAUGGAGGCUCUGCUGAGGGAUCUCAUGCAGCAGAGCAGCAACGCUCAGCCCAAGCUGCUGCUACGACGCACCGAGUCCAUUGUGGAGAAACUGCUCACCAACUGGAUGUCCAUCUGCCUUUACGGCUUCCUUCGAGAAAGUGUUGGCCAGCACUUAUUCCUGAUGGUGAGCGCUCUGACGCAGCAGACCGCGAAAGGACCUGUGGACUGUGUGACAGAGAAAGCUCUGUACACUCUCAGCGAGGACUGGCUGCUGUGGCAGGCUCAAGAUUUCAGCUUCCUGAAGCUCAAGGUGCUGUUUGCAGUGGGCAGUGACGGAGAGGUCAGCGAGCCUCUGGAGGUCAAAGCUCUCAGCUGUGACACAAUAGAGCAAGUCAAAGAGAAAAUCCUGUCCACCUUCAAGGCCAAGUUUGGUUUCCCCUUCAGCAGCCCCAUCAGGGACGUUUGUGUCGAGUAUGAGAAGGAUGGAUUGUUUGUCCCUCUUGAGGAAGUGGACGCGAGUUCGGAGGUCAUCGGGGACGUGACAAUGCUCAAUACACUGAAGCACUACAAGGUUCCUGAUGGAGCGACAAUCAAAGUGCUUUCUAAGAAAACUCAUCCUCCUCUGAGCCCGCAGGGAAGUCUGAAGGAUGACGAGAACUUCGCUGGAAAAUACUUCCACUUGAUUGAUCCCGAUGUAGACGAGGACCAACGAAAGAACCCAGAGAGGAAGAAGUUAAAACUAAAGGAAGUGCACCUCACCAAGCUGCUCUCCACCAAGGUGGCAGUGCAUUCAUAUGUGGAGAACCUGUUCAGAUCAAUCUGGGGGACGCCGUACUCCAGAGUUCCACACGCUGUCAAAUACUUCUUCGACUUCCUGGACGCUCAGGCAGACAGCAUGAAGAUCGCCGACCCAGAUGUCCUGCACAUCUGGAAGACCAACAGUUUGCCUCUACGCUUCUGGGUCAACAUCCUGAAGAACCCCCAGUUUGUUUUUGACAUUGAGAAGACACCACAUUUGGACGGCUGCCUUUCUGUCAUCGCUCAGGCCUUCAUGGACUCCUUCUCUCUUAGUGAGACCCAGCUGGGGAAGCAUGCACCUACCAACAAGCUCCUCUAUGCCAAAGACAUUCCCAAGUUCAAACAGGAAGUAAAGGCUUACUACAAGCAGAUCAGAGAACAGUCUCCACUCACAGACUCAGAAUUCAAGGACUUCCUGCUGGACGAGUCAAAGAAACAUGAAAACGAGUUCAACGAUGCUGCCGCCCUCAGAGAGCUCUACAAAUUUAUCAAGCGAUACUUCACAGAGAUCCAAGAUAAGCUGGACCAAAACGGGGCCCCUGAUGACCUGAAGGAGCAGCUAAAUCAUGUUAAAAACUUGUUUGAUGGACUAAAAAGCUGCUCCUGGAACUGAGCGACCAUCCUUGCACUUAUAAAUGAACUACAGAUGACAUGAGGAGAGGAAAACUCAGCAAAAGCUGUCAGACAUUUGUCCAGCAUGCAUCCUGCCCUGCUACUAUGAUGGAGAGAACAUCCCGAUUUAAACAGUUCCAGAGGAGCUGAAAGGGAGCUGCUAACCAUAGCAGAGUUUUUGUCUUGAUGCUUUUCACAGCGUCAUCUGCCCUGACGUGACAAAGUCUGUUGGAAACUCUGAAUCCUGGGAUGUUUAUGGCAUAAAAAUGGCCACCUUUGAAGACAAUGAAGCGAGGCGCAUAUCACCUGCUUAUAUUAAAGGACUUGACUGAAUGCAGUUUUGUAACACGUCUGCCGACCAGUCUUGUGUCAGAUGGAUGUAGUUCUGCAGUUUCACAGUAUUGUGUGGCAACAAAUCUGUUCAGUUAAUAACAGUUGUUUUUCACUGUACUGGGUUCACUGUAAUCAUUACUCAAGAUCCCACACACAGAGUCAAAAGACAGAUAUCAGGAAACAAGUUUUUUUUCAAUACAAUUUUAGUAAAACCUGUUGGAAAUGACUGUAUAAACUUUGUAUUCACUCAUCUGUAUAAAAAGCUUUCCCAAGUGGCUUAAGAGCAAAUGUGUGUAAACAACAAACAUGUCAAUAUAACAUCAAACCCUGA